UGUAAUCAUUAAAUUUUUGCUUGGGCGUUGAAAUCAACAUGAAACUAGUGGUCAAGUAUACCAUCCCAGUUCAUGCGGUGCAUUUUCAGAUUUAAGAAUAAGCUGGAAUCGACGCGGGAGAGAAAAGUGUCUAAAUGCUGAGUGUGUCGGUGUGUCUUUAGUUCAGAAUUCACGUUGUGAUGUUGAGUGAUUUAAUUGAUUGAAUGAGUACGAAUUAGGUGGGCUAAUUCCGCUGAUUAGUAUAGGUGAAGGCGAUGUGACAAUGUCUGAAGAAAUAGGUUUAAUUUACAUAAACCUAAGUCAAUUAUUAGAUGAUAUAUGCUUAUUUCUGAGAGAUGGCGUUAACAAAGAAAUAUUCUCUUCGGAAACUCAAAAACAGGCUGAAACAUUGAUAAAACGUUCCAAAAUUCAAUUGCAACAGAUUUCGAAUAUUACCAAUGGAGAGUGUUACAUGCAAAUGGACGAGCAGAGGACGGUGGAUGAUGAUAAGGAAGACGAAGAGGUAGAAGAGGAGGAUCUUAUAUAUAUGGAUGCAGAGGACGAGAAGGAAAUUCCAGUGGAGAACAAUGAUGUGUGUCCAUUUGCAGGUGUACCUGUGAGAGAUCUACCCCUCGAUGAUAAACAUGGUUACAUUUAUAUGAAGACGAAGUUCAUAUUUGGUUUUGAAAAAUUGAAAAGAAUAUACGCUGUGAUACACAAGGAUUGGUUCCUCAUAUACUCCAAUGAUAAGGAUUCCAAACCAUGUAACGCCUAUUGCUUGAGAAUACAUAAGGCCCAAAUGAUAGCAACGACGAAACAGGGGGAGCAUGAAACUGAAUUGUUCGCCUUGAUCAAUCAGAAUACCAAGCAGAAGUGGCAGUUCUUAGCCCAGACCCACAAAGAUAUGCUUCAAUGGAUAACAAGAAUCAACAGAUACAGUCAGAACGACGAAAGGCAGCCACACAAAUUUGAAAAAUCGCCACGUAUUGAAGAGGUUCCAGUGAUAGAAACAUGCAUCAAUAGUGAAGAAGAUAGUGAUGAGGGGGAGCACUACGAUACGGUGAUUUUAAAAGUAGAAAACGGCAUUAAGAAAGAAGAAAAAUUAGAAGAUGAAGAGGAAGAAAUCUAUGAAGUUAUAAGGCCACAAAGUCCACAUAAAAGUUCACAAAAUCCAUUUCCCAAACCUGAAGUGGUAACUCUUCCGACCAAGAGGCAACAGACUCCUUUGCCACCAUUGCCUGUGGAACGGAAGGAAUCUUCAGAGUCACUUGUUUCGUAUGAUAAUCCAGUUUCCAUGGAACAAUGGGGCAAACAGUCUACCAUUUCAGAAACCCCCUCGUUUUCUGAAGAUGAAGAACAGGAGAUCUAUGAUGUGUUGGUAGCGGCGUCUCCAACAGUGCAAGAAAAUGAAGACGAGCAAGUAUCUAUCGAUCUUACAGAGACACCUAAGAAAGAAGUGACAGGAUCUCCACUCAUUUCGUCGCUAAAGGAGAAAUUGUUGCAAUCAUCCCCAGUGACGAUGCCAAAACAAAAACCGCCACCCCCAAAAAGGCUAUCAACUGAUAGAAAAUUGUCGAUUAAUUCGAUGGGUUCGCCGAAUAAAGAUCAAUCGCCGAAGUCUUCUCCUUUGAGAAAUCCGUUUAGGCCAACAUCUUCCAAUAACUCACCAACUUCUCCAACUAUGAAGAGCAGUUUUCCUAAACCUAACCUCCAGCCUAAACCGUCACUCUUGACAAAACCGAAAAUUGAUGUUAAGCUUAUUAAACCAGCGGGGAACACAAAAUCUUCCACUAAACAAGUUAUGAAGCUAGCUAAAGAGAUCAGUUUGAAAUAAUUGAUACUUCCAAACAUUCGAAAGAUAUAAUGAUAUAUAGAGCAUAUUUCCUACAGUUAUUUUAUAUAUUUUUGAUAAUAAAUAAUGAAAUGUU